AUGCAUCCGGUGUUACGAUCUGUGUGUGCCGUUGUGGUGCUCAGUGCGGUGGUGCUAGGUGCCACCGAGGAUUAUCAAAGCCAAGGAAUACGUGCCAUCGUACGAGUGUAUGACGAGUGCUCGAAGGCUGAAACAGGAUUCACACCAUGCCUGAAAAAACGCGCCAUCACCUUCAUCGAUCGUUUAAGCCGCGUUGAAUCGAUUACCCUUGGCGACAUGAAGGUUGUCCGGAACGAGCGCGCUGUCACUCUGCAGGACAGCAAACCAUUGACGGAAACGGAACUGGAACAGAGCCUGCCACGGGGGCUGGAGGCACGCGACGAAGCACUGACCAACAUUCUGUUGGACAAGAUUGCCGGAGUAUUCAGCAGCCGGACGAUCCAGAUCAGUCUGCCCAAGCUGUCAAGCGACGAACUUGGCCGCGGGCUGGAAGAAGGUCGUGGCAAGAUGAAGAAGAUGAUGAGCAUGAUGAUCAUGGGCUUCAUGAUGAAGAUGGCCGCCAUGGUUCCGGUGGCUAUCGCUGGACUGUAUCUGCUCGCCGGUAAGGCUCUGAUUGUAUCGAAGAUUGCCCUGCUGCUGGCCGGUAUCAUUGGACUCAAGAAACUGGUCGCCAGCAAACAGCAGGGAGGCGGCGGUGGCUGGUCAAGCGGUGGAUCCGGCCACGGUGGUGGCGGUUGGGACCGGCGGUCGGCCGAUCUUGCUGCCUCGGCCGCUGCACAGAACUUGGCCUACAACUCAUACGCAAAGAAUCAAGCGUAA